AUGUCGAGGUUACGAAAAGCGGAGAAGAGCGGAAUCAUCGCCUCUUUGCCAGUGGCCAUAAAAUCCUCCAGUAAAGAUUUAUCCACAUGGGUAUCUGUCGUAAUGGAAGAAGAAUUACCCAACGUGAAAACCCAAACCCUAAUCAAAGCUAAACCCAAGAAGAGGCGUUCGCUGAAAUUACUGCUGAGUUUCUUAAUGCAAAUCGAAGAAUUUUGGCGAUCAAUCCUCGUAAUCUCCGUGAUCCUACAAUUCUUCUCCAUCACGUACACUCAUUUCAUUUGGAAACCUAAACAUUUCAUAAACAACCUCUUCUACGUUAUUUUACUGUGCGAAAUAAUUUAUUUCUUCAACGUCGUCUCCGGCGUACUCGUGCCUAAGAUCUUCAAAGACAGACGUAUAAAACACAUGCAGGUGGCUUGCGAUGUGGUUUUGCUAUUACCGUUCUGGCAAAUCUACUAUGUUUCCACUUUUAAAAUGGACUUGGUGUUCAUUGCUCUUCGCAGUUUAAGCUUAUUUAGACUGUACAAAGUUCCCAUCUUCUUUGAGAAUUGUUAUAAAAAGCUACACAAAAUUAGCUCCUUCAUUUUGGUCGAAGUUUUAAUUUAUACCGGUGUAUUAAUCCAAUUGACCGCUUGCUUUUGGUACAACUAUGAUAACAAACCUUCGAACUAUUUGGAAUCACUUUACUACAGCUAUUUGAGUUUGUUCAGUUACGGUGGUUUGAUGACAUCUAUGAAAAGCAUAUCGCAAAUCACCAUUGGUUUAGGAAUGUUGUUUUGCUAUUUGCUGUUGAUCUACUACGCUUCCAAUAUGUUUCUGUUGAGCGUCGCUAAGAAACGAAGAAAGUAUGAGCUUCUGGAAGAAUACAGGAACAUGAGGAAGUAUUGUCGUGAGGAGGCUACGAUGGAUCAGAGUUUUCUAUCAAAUUUGAAAGAGUACUACAAGCAGGUUUGGCUCAGCAAGUUAGGAGCACGCGAAGUGGAGGUGUUCUAUUUAGCGCCGAACACUAUAAGAGCUAACAUGCUGUUCGACAUUAAUCUGCCUGCUCUCAGACGAUCGCUCAUCUUCAAGAACUCUUCUGAGGCUUACUUUCGGCACUUGGCCACCACCAUGAAACACGAGUUCUACAUCAAAGGUCAAAUGAUUUACAAGCAGAACGAACUCAAGAAUAAAAUGAUUAUCAUUAUCACUGGAGUAGUUGAGGUGUUAUCUGAAGAAGACGAAAACAGUCCAUUGAUAGCAUUUGGUCCUGGUACUUGCUUAGGAGAAUCAUCUCUUCUUCUAACCUUAAGGUCUAAGUCUUCGGUGAUGGCUACGACCUUCGUGGAAUUACAAGUUUUGUACCGUGAAGAUUUCUACGCGACAAUUCCGUUUUACACGAAGCAAUACACGAAAGUCUUCAAGUACAUCAGGAAUCGAGUGCACGAGGCGCGUAUUCGCUCCACAAGAAACAACAGAAAACUGUCUUCUAUAAAGAAAAUCAAAGAAUCCUGCAUGGUGGAUGAAACUUCAAUCCUAAAAUUAUACUGUCUGCACAAGGAGCAUACAUUCUCAAGGCUCAUAGACGCGCACUCUACUUUAUAUCGAAUCUGGGAAAUGUUCAUAGCUUUGCUCGCUGUAUUCGUGAGCAUCUCGUACCCGUACUACAUAGCUUUCGAAAGGAAAUUCCCGCAAACCUUGUACAUACCAUCCAUCUUCAUCGAGUUUCUGUUUGUGCUCGAUAUUCCCUUAAUCCUGGUCACGAAGACAUCGAGGAGCGAAACUUCACUGAAAAAGUUGAUUUCCGCAAAACUAAACACCUUCACUUUCUACAUCGAUCUUUUUGCUGCCUUUUACUUCGAAUACUUUGCGUAUCUAUUCGAAAACAACGAUAGAUACUUUUACCUCUUCAAAUUGAAUCGAUUGCUGAAAUUCUAUCGCGUUGUGGCUUUAUUGAAGAAAAUCAAUGGAUAUGAAGGUUUAAAGAGUUUAUUUGUGUGCCUCGUGUUGAUUUUUUGGUCAUCAACUGCUGUUUAUUUGGGAACGUGUUUCAACCACAUCUGCACCGAUGGUGGAUGGUACAAGUUGAAGAUGAUUCAAGAAAGCGGAAAUCAAACUGCAGCACCAAUAUUCAAAGAGCGUUUCUUGUUCUCCACUUACUUCGCAUUGUCAUACAUAACGCGCUUUGAAAUUCACGAAAUAUUCUUGAAGAAUUUCAUUGAUAUCCUCAUCGUUUGCGCUUUAGUAGCAAUUGCUGCGCUUAUGUGGGGGUAUUGCAUGGGACAAAUCGGUGCUGGAUGUUAUUUGAAAUUGAGAAGGAGAUUAAAGUUCGUUCAAGAUGUUGAAUCGAUUAAAGCGCUUUGCGCGAAGACAAAGAUGUCUUUGCGAUUGGAGACGCGUCUUCUGAAUUACUACUACUUGCAAUGGGAGCACAGGAAAUCUUUCGACUACCAAAACAACUUGCACAAAAGCUUGGAGGAUGAGCUUUUAAGGGAAGAACGAAUUAAUACUUUGAGGACGAUUCCUAUGUUUGGUGAAAACGAUGAAGAGUUCUUAAAAGCCGUAGCUCUUCGGUCCAAAAUGUACAUCCUACCACCAGGAGACAUCGUCACUUAUUACGGAAGCAUGAACAAAGAGAUGUUCAUCAUUAAAGAAGGAUAUUGCGUUUAUAAAAAUUGUGGUGGAUUUUAUAGAAGAAUGGGACCGAAUUCUGUAUUCGGUAUGUGCUGUUUAUUCUUCAACUUACCGGAGGUGCUGACUGUGAGGACUUUGACUCACUGCAAGUUAAUUUCCAUCGAUGGUUCGGCUCUGCAAAUCUCGUUAAAUAUGUUUCCGGAAAUCAACAGAACUAUAAAAAGCAUCUACAAAGAGGUCAUCUACAACAACGCCAGAGAUUUCAUCGAGAUGCCUGAGCUCACUUACUUUGAAAACGAUAGACCUAGAAGUUAUUUCGACUGGAAGAAGAUUAUCAACAAAGCGUCUCUGGUGAACGUUUUGCAUUUUUGCAAGAAGUACUCGGAAAGUUACGAUUAUCCUUUUCGGAAUCACGACACGCUUUACUUACUGAAAUACAUUCUUCUGCCAUUGACGAUUCUACCAAAUGGACUUGUUAUGUUUACUUGGAUCUUUCUGCGUUUGCUCGUCUGCUUCCUCUACGCUUAUUUAGAACCAAUGCAAUUCAUCUUAACUCCAUUUCACGCCAACUUUCAUCUGCUUAUGUUCGCUCUAGAUUUCAUCACCUAUUUAGAUCUGUACGUUUUGUUUCACCUCUGUUUCUAUGGAGAUCACAACCAGUUGAUCUUUCAUCCGUUAAGAACAGCUGUAAACUAUGCUAAUAGCUCGUUUACUAUCGAUUUACUUCUUUGCUUUCCUUACGAGAUUGCUCUGAAAAUCUUCCUUCCUAGCCACGACGAAAACCAUACCAUUGAAGCCCACCAAAUAAGCCCACACUUCAUGCAUUGCUCCGUGAGAUUAGUUAAAAUCCUACAAGUUUACAAACUGUUCGUGGCUUUCAACACUUGGGAAAACAACAUCUACUUUAAAGUGAUUUGGGUGAAAAUUUUAAAGUUCACCUGCAUCUACAUUCUUCUCAUGAACUUGUUGACUUGCUGCUUAAUAGUAUCCAGCUGCGAGUAUGUUCACAGCGAGCACAAACAUUCCACAUUCGAUUAUAACUCGAUGCGUUUAGAAUGCGAAAAACAAUCGUGGUUAAACAGAUCGAAAUACAUGAACGACAAUUCUUUCGUGGAUAUUUACACGACCGGUAUAUAUUGGGUGACGAAUAUGAUGGUUGGGUUGAAUUUUUGGGAUCUUAUGGUGCAAGGCGGAUCCAACUUGAUUCUCUGCAUAUUUACAAUACUUGUUGGAAACUUAUUCCUCGGAUAUACGUUAGCCACGUUCAUGUCUUUUGCUAUAAACCAUGAUAGCACUGUGAUUAAAUACAAGAAGGAAGUGAAAGAUCUGAAGAGGUUCAUGGAGCACGAAAAAGUUGACAAAUAUUUGAGAAGAAAAUUAUUAAAGAACGUGUUGUAUAUUUGGAGACGGACUAAAGGAAUCAAUAGUAUCGAUAUGUUCUCGUGUCUUCACACUACUUUGCUGCAAGAUACUUUAUCGUUUCUGUACGAAGAGACGUUGCGACAAGUGCCUUUAUUCAAAGGGUUGGAUAGAUCCUUUUUGAGGAUAAUGUCGAUGAUCGUUAAACCCCAAUACUUUCUCGAAGGUCAGGAGAUCAUCCGAUACGAAGACAUCGUUGAUGAAUUCUACAUUUUGCGUCGCGGAACGGUGGAAGUGGAAUUAACCAGAAGCGAAUUAAAAAUGGAUUUGAGAAGAGGCAGUUUGUUUGGGUAUUAUUGCAAUGAAACUGUACCUGUGAUGAGCAUCAGGGCAACAGCUAUAACCAACGCAGACGUUCUUUGCAUUCGCACCAUCGACUAUUACAACAUUUUAAAGAAUUACACCAAAUUCAAUUACAAGAUUAAAGAUGUAAUGAGCGAGUACAAGGACUUUAUGCCAAACAAAUACUGUGAAGCCAACAUUGACGUUGUUGUGUACAAAAGGGGAAAUACGGUUGAAAAGAAUCCGAGCUUCAAGAUGCGAAAAGUGGAGAAAAUCUUCAAGUCUUUGGAACACUUCUACUUAAUAUCUUCAUAUCUGAGCUGUUUACUAGUGAUAACGCAGUUUUGCUUCAGAAGUAGAUGCAUGUUUUUCACCACUGCCACAAUUGACUUGAUUUUCUUGAUGAAGUUCACUUUAAACUUCUAUCAGCCGUUCUACGAUAACUUCGCGGAUCUUGUUAUCAACAAACAUCGCAUAAAGAAACGGCAAUUGAUGGUUUGGGGCUCUCUGUUCGUGCUUUACCUUUCCAGCAUUUGGUUUCUUGUGAUGUGUCCCUUCGGGGAAUGCGAAUCUUUGAAAGUUUUUCCCAAAGACAAAGCAAACAGCAAAUAUACGAUGUUUGCGAGUUGCCUGUUCUUCGUCAUAAACAUCAUCUGCGGCUCGGGGUUCGUCGAAGUCGACUUGCAGCUCAAAAUGCAUAAAAUACUUGUAAUCUUCAUGAUCAUAUCAUCAAGGAUAUUCAUGAUAUUCACAGUGAAUACAGUUAUUAACAUGAUUUGGAUUCACGUCGGUUUGAUCAUGAGGUACGAAUCGAAGUUGGAGGAACUUAGGGAUUUCAUGAGAUGCGCCAGAGUUAACGAAUUCCAAGUGCGGAAGGUGCUGAAAUAUUUGGUAAAUCUGUGGACGUACGAUGGAGGAUGCAAUUUUCCUGUUCUAGUUGAUAAACUGCCUUCGCCUCUCGUCAAAGAAUUGAAGAUUGAACUUUAUUUACCGCUACUAAUGAAAUCGUAUCUGUUCAAUGGUACAGAGGAAUUGUUCCUUAAAAAUAUUGCAGUUCUCUUGGAUCGAAGCAUUUAUUAUCCUGGUAAUUUCAUCGUCUACGAUUGCCAAAUUGAUGAAUGCAUGUACUUUAUAAAGAGUGGACAAGUAGAAAUCCUGACGAUCAACACUAAUUUAACGGAAACUAUACACGAUGUGCUACAUGAGAUGGAGAUGUUCGGUCUGGCGCAGGGAUUAUUCAACAGAAUACCGCAUCACUUCACGUUCAGAGCCAGGACAAAAGUGGAAAUCCUCACGUUGCAGUUGGAGAAAUGGGAUUAUCUUCUUCGGUACUACGAGAACAGUAAGCAAAUUGUGUACAAGAGAAUUAGGAAUGCGCACAUGCAGCUCAACAAGUAAUCAUUGGUUGAGUUGUAUG